UAACCUCAUAACAAUAUGACCAUCUCGCGUAUACUCGUAUUGUUUACCGGCUUAAUUAAUAUCGGUACAUGCAAUAAUGCAUACAAUGAUUUCUUUGACGAGGAGUUGAUGCUGAAGCCCUUGUCGAGUGAUCACGUCUAUGCGUACUUUCAAUUUACUACAAUAUGGGAAACGGAAAAUCGUGUAGAAACACUUCAACAUUCGCAUCUUUUUCCAAGGGGAUUGGGUGAAAUCAUAGGUCGUCAUAAUGUUGAAGAAUUGCAUGUUACUCUAACGGAAGGUUUGUGGAAUUAUCAAAAGUGGGGAUAUCCUUUCCAUGAUGCUGGACCUGGUGCUGAAGUCACUGCUUGGUUUAAUAAAGACGUAACAAACAUAGAGGAGGAAUGGAAAGGUCUAACAAAUGCCUUAGCUGGAUUACUCUGUGCAUCUCUGAAUUUUGUUGACACCUCCAAUAGCAUGUCGCCAGAGUUUACCUUCCGUCUCACUAGUGUUACAGAUAGACCAGUAAAUUCUAGUCAUUUGCGUUAUUCGUCAUUACCGAGAGAGAUAGUGUGUACCGAGAAUCUAACACCAUUUAAAAAACUAUUACCUUGCGAUUCCAAGAGAGGUCUAGCUACGUUAUUAAAUUCUGCGCAUAUUCAUAAUACAAAUUAUCAUUCCAUUGGGAUACAUUUUCGGUCAAUAUGUCGCAACGCAGCCUGUACGAGGACAUCUUUAGAACUGCGACAAACUGUUUCUUUGAUAUAUGAUACAAUGAUAGAUGCGAAUCAGGAUUGGUCGAUACGAAAAUUUUUUGGAAUGGGACUUAAAGGCGCAUGUCCGCUUGCAACACUAAGUAAUAUUUAUGUUGAUAUAUCAGAUAAUAAUACGAAUCACAUAUAUGAACUAACGCCAUCGCCGAGUGCAAAAGUUGUUAGCUUGCGUGGUGGACAGCAAAAUGAAAUAGCAGUAUAUGACAUCAGAGCUCAUUCCAGCAGAGGAAUAUUUAAUAUCGCUGCAGUACAUAGUGCACCAAAAAAUAACGCAAUAUAUUAUCCUUCAAUCCUCUAUGCGAAUAGGUAUAUUAUUGGAUAUGGUCAAGAAAGAGGCAGUUUAGUGACUAAACUGUACAACAAUCACUGGCAGGCAUUAGAUAUAAUCUUAUUAGAAAAUAUUCCGUGGUACUUGCUAGUUUAUUUAAAUUCCAUUACAAUAACCUGUAAUGAGCAACGAGUACAUCCGUUGGCGCAACGUUAUUUACCUGGAAGGGAGAGGAAAAGUCCAUACUAUUUAGAAUUAAUCCUGCGCCUGCCGCCGCACUCGAUAACGAAAAUCACUAUCGAUAUGGAUUACUUAUUCCUCAAAUGGCAGGAAUAUCCGCCGGACGCUAAUCAUGGAUUUUACAUGGGACCAGCUAUAGUUACAGCCUUAUUGCCCAUAGCUAGAAAUUACACCGCUUUGCCGCUCGAUGGAAGUACAAUUACUUCAAGUUUUAACGCUUCGAGGGACGCUUAUCUAGUACAAUUACGGACAGAGUCCUUGCUUAUCAGUCUUCCGACUCCUGACUUCAGUAUGCCUUAUAAUGUCAUAUGCCUUGCCUGUACAGCUGUUGCGCUAGCAUUCGGCCCACUUCACAAUAUUUCCACGAAGCGACUAGUUUUGAAACGCAUCGAAAAGGAUUGGAAGGGUAAAUUAUUCUCUUUUUUUGUAGGAAAGCUAUUCGGAGCAAAGAAAAAACAAGACUAAAAAUUAUAAACGAACUGUAUGUAUUAUAACGCGCAAACUGUAUCUCUCUUGCAAAUAGAAAUAUUCAUGUACUUCUCCAUGAAUAAUAAACAAUUUUAAUACUAAACAGAUGCAAAAUUUUUUCUUAGUAAUAAAUCUGCGAUUAGCGCGGAGAUUACGGAGACAUAAAAUUAUCUCUUUGAUCUUCUUUUCUGGCAGGAGAUACGCACCUGUAUUUAAAACAAAACGAAAUCACUUUUCAAUCUUUAUCCAAUGCUAUUGUAAAAUUUUGUAAUACUUGCCAUAAGUAUUAAAUAGUGCAUUUACAUAUCCUGUUCAGUAUUGUAUGUUUACACAUUUCUAUUUAAAUUAUCCAUUUACAUGAAUCAAAACUUAUGUUAAUAUUAUAAUAGAUUAUAGUAGAUUUCCGCAAGAUAAACUGCAUUCCUUGACUAUCAUAUAUAUGUCAAACUACUAGAGGAGGUCUCCUAUUCAGUUUAAAAGAAUAUAAUACAGCAAUUGAGAUAAGUUAACUUUGAAUAUUGAUGUAAUAGUUUUUAAAUAAGCAAUUAAAAAUCAUUCAACUCAUAUUUCUGCAUGCUUUGAAAGAAUGUAACGAUA